CUGAAAGAAGAUGCGUAGGCCUUCAAUCAUGGUGCAAUGAAUAUCGUAGAUAGAGUGAUUUCGAUCUCAUAUAGCUAGCUGGAGUCUUUCCUUUCAAAGUGAAACGAUUUUCCUUUUACGUUGAGAUAUUUGAAUUGGAUUUUCUUUCACCACUACUAUCGUAACGCACAGAAAACACUGACGUUUCCGCUCGCUUUCAACCACUGCCACUUUACCUGAGCACUGUGACGCAGUCGGUCAAGUAUGGAGUUUCUGCUAGUAUAUCAAGGACUUAUGAGAACUGAAAAGCAAAAAAAACUAGGCAAAGGAAUUCUCAUAGUUCAUUGAAUUAAGGGAGGACCAUUCGUGGGGGGUUCGUGGAAGAGUUGGGUUCGAUUCCCUUUAUACGCGAUGUGGCGAAAAAGACUGAUUCAACGAAAUAUGCCAUGCCAGCUUUCAGAUUUAAAACGUGUCGUCUACUUCCAGGAAAUGUUCGGAACAGAGAACUUUCUCUAAUCCAACGCCGCAUUCUCCGAAGAUUGAGGAACAAGAGGAGAUCCAUUAAAAGAAAUCUUUCUCAGAGAGAAAAUCUAAACAGUAACAUCAAAUCACAAACUACACGAAAGUUGUCCAUUUAUUAUGGGGAUUUACCCAUAAGGGAGAUGCACAGAGGAAGAGAACGAACUUCAUAUAUCCCUUUUUUACUCAAUCAAGAAACAAGAUCGGACGUGAUUCCGGUUCGUCUCCAUUUUAGUGACACUCUUCCUCAAGCAAGGCAGCCGAUAAGUCAUCGAAGGGUUUGUUUGAAUAAUGGACUGGUAACCAUUACUCAUUUGAAAGUUUCCCACGGUGAUCUAAUAUCUUUUAAAGAAAAUGACGCGAGAACCCGCGGUGAAGAAAUAAGGAGAUCUUUCUAUAUCGACAUAUCAGUUGGAAAAAUCGUAGGCAAAUUCCUACCGGCCAAAAUCUGGAGAAGAACAAAAACAGAAUGGUUCCGCUUACUCACAACUCAGAGGGGAUGCCGCUUACUACUCAAAUCCUUGUUUUUGCAAAAGUUGCGUUCUUAUAUGCAAGAAGAAGACUUUGAAAGAACAAAGAAGUUUGGAUCCGCAAAAGUAUGCUUAGGCAGUUCCUUCGCUGAGCACAACAGAAUGAAGAGGAAUUUGUUUCAUUUCAAAUACUUCUUCUUAUUGAAAAGAGGGAAGGAGAAAAACCGAAAUCUUCCUACUCGAACAAUAAGUCCUUUUGUUUACAAGUCUUCUUUAUAUAGUAAUUCGACCUAUUGCUCCGGAUCCCCGUUUACUAGGAAGAUAAGAAUCAAAAGGAUCGAACUACCUACUCAUUAUUCGGAGGUGAAUCAUAGAACACUAAAAGCUGUGGUAUCUUAUGGACCUAACAUAGGUCACAUCCCUCACGACAUAAGAUUGAAAGAUCCAAACCUUCCUCUUCGGAGCGGAAACGGACGUGGCCAAAACAUAUAAAAAAAGAUCGGCCUAGUCGCCCAUAGGGACAUAUCUAUCCGGAUAGAGGAUAGUCUAGAUCAAUUUUGAUCCAAAUCUCUAUCUAUAUAGAUAGUCUGUGGAUAGAGAUAAAGAUAGGGAUCCCUAUAAAUCGAAAUAUAUGGAAAAAGUGCACUUUUUGACUACUACUACUAUUUUUUAUACUUUUUCAAGGAAACAUCGUUUUUCGAUUUUGACUGAAUUGGUCGGAGCGUAGACGAGCAAGCAGAGCCCAGGAAAGAGGUCAGAUCGUCAUAGAGCAGUCGACUAUAAGUAUAAGACUGCUGGCCUGAGAGAAGGCAGUCUCUCUCGGGAAACAUGGCCCAAUUUCUCUUCUUUCUUUUCACACGGGCAACAAUUGGGAAUAAAACAGACCAUGAACAUGAGUUUGAAAUGUAAAAAAAAGGUCUGAAAGACUUAUUCUUUUUUUUUAAGGAGGAUAAGAAAAUGUAAAGAUUAUUUUUUUAUGUUAUUAUGUGUUAUUUACUACCUUUGGCUUUGGGAAAAGUUUUCUACUUUGGAAGUUCUUGACAAGUCCCAAGUGGAGGAGAUUAAGAGGUCAUUAAAGAAUUCUUCCUUUUAGUUCUCUUCGAUGUAUCGAUCAUGCAUUCCUAAACCACAUAAGCCGGGGGAGAUGCGCCCCAUUAGACAGCCUCAUAAGGCAGACAUCAUUGUCAUGGAUACGGCUUUUGAACAUCGUUUUUGAAGACAUCUUUCUAACGUACUCCCAUGGGUUUCGAAAAGGGAGAGGAGUCAUCCCCUUUUUCGCUCAUGUUCCCAAAUUGGGAAAGGUUGAUAGACUCAUUCAAGCAGAUAUAGUAGGUUCUUUUUUGAAUGAAUAUUAAUAUUCAUAUUUGCAUUUCAACAUUAAGCGCGCAUAUUGGGCAAGGUAAUGAUGCCUUCUGUAAUCUGAUUGAAGCUAGUGAUAUCAAAGAUCAGAAUCGAUCAAGUUAUGCAUUCUUU